AUGGAGGAGGUGAAUAGUUCUCAGAUUCAUGACAAUAACUCUACAGAUCCUGAGAAGAAUUUGACACUAUCAUCAAGGAAGUCUAGCAUAGAGAUAGAGACUGCGGGAACCUUCGAAGAGAGUGCUGAUAGUGUGGUGGGCAAAGAAGAAACCAGCGUAGAUGCUCAGCGUAGCGUAAAUGCUUCUCACGAGAAUCUGUACACACCUGUGAUAAUUCAAAAGGAAUUAGACAUUUCUGAUCAGGUCAGCGAUGAAAGCUCUAAUAAAAUAUCAUCCGAAACGCCUACUGAAAGGGUCAUUACUCUUGAAAAUGAAAGAAUAGCUCAAUUUUCAAACAACAGUGACGACCUUAUUGAACAAGGCGAUCCCGAAGGUGUCCAUAGAAGCAUAUAUCUUACCUCAUCUAAUAAUGAAAGCGCAGAUACCUUAGAUGACGAAGUGUCUUCAAUAGAUGUGAAACAAAAGAGUUCUAAAAUCACGAUCGAAUAUGAUGUGCCAGAAAGUGAAGCAAAACCGGAGCAUAGUAUUGAAAUAGUCCGCAGUUAUGAUACAGACAUAAAUGUAGAUCAGGUAUACGACAUAACACCUGAACAAGAAAGUGCAUCUACGAUUUCAGCAACAAACACCCCUAGGGAAACUGUAGCUCCUGAGACAGGAGAACACUUAACUAAUAGUCAAAAUAGUCUCCACUCAGGCAGUCUUGGCUCUUCAGAGAAACAUUCUAUCGAAGCUGAUAUGAACAAGACAAUAGAAAAAACUGAUGAAACACUCCAGGAGUUCGAAGGACUGAAGAUAAGCAACUCAGAAAUGAAAGUGGAUGAUCCAUCUGACGACUUAUUUGAGCAUGAAGAAGUUAAACAUGAUGACGGGGAAAUACAAACACAAGCAUCCGAGUAUUCUGUACCUCAGGAAGAUGAAAUUCACUACGAAACAAACGAUUUUUCUCCUAAUAACGAUAACAGCGGCUUCUUGCUUCAUACAAGCUCUCAAGAUGUCGAACACUUUGUUAGCCAACAAGACUAUAUAGUGGACAGUAGUAAUGAUAUACAAUUAGACAGUGCUUCAUCUGAAAAAGUUACCGAAGUGGACGGAACAAAUGUUGAGGAACCAUUUAUUCCCGCAGAUACAUCAAAUACACUGUAG